AUGACUUUGAAGGAACAAACAAAGGUUGUUCCUCAUCAUUGGGCUAUGCUUAUUUGGAUCUAAAAACAUAUUGAAGCCAUAGUUUGUGGUGGUUUCAUAGUGAAUCAGAUUGUUCUUCUUACUGCGAUAAGCAUGGGCACUGUCCCAUACCUGCUUCCUUUAUCAUCCUUCAACUCAGCAUCUAGCUUCUUGAGUGGAACAAUAACUGAGGCAGACGGAAGCUGAAGCGUCAACCUUGCAAAAUUCUGCAACUUGCUGUAUUUAAUAGGUUCUGUUUUCACCCUGAUGUUCUCUUGGGGAAGAACCUUCAUCUAUUUAUGUCGACAUAUCAAGCAGAUGAUACAGAGUACCAACAUUGCCUCAAAAGCAAGUCCUCAACAGCAGAACCAGAUGAGGGUGACAAUCAUGGGCAUAGUGCCGACUGCUCUGUUCAUUCCCAGCUGCCUAUGGACUAGAUUCACAGUUAUUACAUACUCCACACCACUUCUUCUUAGUAUUGAUGGUGACAGACACAUUACACUGACUAUCACCUCCAUUUCUGCCCUGGCAAACAUAAUGUGCUUGGGGUUUUCACAGUCUGGUUUCAGUUCACAGUGGCUGCUAAACUGA